CAAUUCAGAUUUUUUGACUUAAUUAGUAUCACCUACCAAAAUUCAAUCGACAAUAUGCUGCGAAUACUCUUGAUAUCAUUGUUAUUUUGUGCUGCAUCUGCUGACUGGGGAUGGAGUGAUGACGAAAUGGCAGUUUGGGAUUUGGUUUCUGAAUUGAAGACCAACUUCUAUUCGUUUAUGGAAUUGGAUCAAGGCAGCUCGACAAGUGAAGUUCGACGAGCAUACAGAAAACUAUCUUUGACAAUGCAUCCUGAUAAAAAUACAACUGAGGGUGCUGCUGAAAAUUUCAGACAACUUGCUGCCAUUUAUGAAGUUCUUAAGAAUAAGGAAAAAAGACAAAUUUAUGAUAAUGUUCUUAGCGAUGGCAUCCCAUCAUCAUAUGCUGCCUAUUUAUAUGUCCCGAAACCAAUGAGAAAAAUGGGUAUGCUUGAGGUUUCAAUUAUCAUUGCCCUUAUUUUUACCAUUGGACAUUACUUGUUUAUGUGGGGUUCAUACGUUGAACAAAGACUAGUGUUAGAAGAAUAUAUACCUCGUAUCAGAAAAAAGAAACAAAAGGGAAAGAAGAAAGCUGACAAAGAUUCAACACAACCUGAUACUGAAUUGAUUAAUCAGUUGAAAAAGCCUCAUUUGUUAGAUAUUUUGCCUAUUGCAAUUGGUCGUGGGUUAUAUAGAUUCUGUAAAUGGGUUCCAGAGUUUGUUCGGCACAAGCGUGAGGAGGCAAAACUUCUUAAAGAAGAAGAAGAGCUAAGGAAACAAGAAGAAAAAGAAGAGGAAGAGAUGAAAAUACAAGAACAAGCACGAAGGGAAGAACAGAAAGUUCUUCGUAAACAGAAAGCUAAAGAAAAGAAAGAAAAAAUGUUACAAUAUGUUCAAACAUCUUUAAAAGAAGAAGGCAACUUUUAUUCACCUUUCGAAAAUGAAGGAACAUUGGAAGAAUUAGAGCAAAUGUAUGGAAGCUCUGAUGAGGAAAAUAAACAGAAAACAGCCAGGAAAAAUGAAUGGACAAUUGAAGAUGAAUCAACUCUUGUAAAAAUGAUGUCAAAAUAUCCAGCAGGGUCGUCACAAAGGUGGCAUUCGAUAGCUGAUGAUAUGGAUAAACCAGUCGAUGAAGUGAUAAAAAGAGCCAAAAAAAUAAAGAAUAACAUAGGCUCUGAAAAUACUAUAUCGAGACAAAAAAUCAAAGUUUCGAACAAAGUGGAUCCGAACGCUUUCGAUGAAAUGGUGACCAUUCGACAUGAUGCAAUUGAACAGAAUAAUAUCACAGACGAUUGGGAUUCCUCUCAACAAAAGUUGUUAGAAAUGGCGUUAAGGCAGUUCCCAAAAGGAACUCCUGCUAGAUGGGAAUGUAUUGCUAAGUGUAUACCUUCUAAAACGAAAGAAGAUUGUGUUGCAAGGUACAAACAAUUAGCUGAAAGAGUCCAACAAAAGCAAAAGCGAUAAUAUAAAUGUGAUGACAUUGAUGCUUUAUUGAAUUUUUUUGACCCAACAUAACACAGUCUACACAACAGAUGUGCUUGUUUUGAGCUUCCAAAGUGAGAUUAUUAUGAAAUUUGAUAAAAUCACUAGUAUGUCAAGUCCAGAAAACUUUAGGAAAAUUCAUGCCAACUUUAUUUUCAUAAUGUAACUGCCCAAGGCUAUAUAUAUAUCGUCUAUUUAUAAAUAGACGGCAUUUUCUGUUGGGAUCAAGUCAAUGAUGGGAAUGUCCAUAUUUAAAAUAGGUUAAUUUUCUGUAAUCUACUUGCAGUUACCUUCAAUUUAUAUAUUCUAAACAGGUUUGUUUUACAGCCUACAUGAAUAUAAUAGGAUUUGUUAAAUUUUUUCCUGUAGAAUUUAACAUAAAUAAUGAUUUUAGUGCAAUAACUUACAUAUUUCACAGAUAAA